AUGGAACGACCUCGAGAUGACGAGGACGCAGGUGAAGAAGAGACUCCAGAUUGGCAACUCUUGUCAAAAUUUAUAAAGUCACAGACAAAAACAACAGGCCCUUCUGUUGAAGCCUUCAUACCGCGUCGUGGUGAAAAAGAUUUCGAACCCAUUGAGGCACAUGCAGGAGCUCAGUCAAAAGCUCUCGCGAAAUCUCGCGAAGCACUCUUUACCGCUCUGUCCGCCGGGAUACGAGGUCAUUCUUCUAAAGACCAUGUACGCUGCAUUUGGGGAGGCACAAAAGGAUCAUCUAACCACUCAACUCCAGCCGAAUCUACUCAAGUUUCAACAGCUAGCACAGGGAGUCAAUUUUUUCCUGCCUAUGUCGAUGGUGUAGCGAAAGGUGUUCUAUUUUCUUCGAUCGGUCGUUGGAAUCGCGAAAAGAAACGUCUAGAUUUGAUGCCUGAGGAGUUAUUAUACCUUAUUGAACGUGGUACGGUCGAAUGCUGGUCCGAAGAUGCAGAAGGAACGGGACACGGUGGUCUUCCUAUGUCUGUACAAUGGGCAUGGUCGGAAAUAAUUGGAACAGGUGGUUUGACACUAGAAAGAUAUCAGGUAUAUGGUUAUCUAAAAAGAUUAGGUUAUAUUGUGCUACGAAAAGAACACGUGGACAGCUUGUGGUCUCUUCAGCUCAAUCAGUCCCGGACGAGACCUCCUACUUCUUGCUUUAUGAGACCAUGGAUGAUUAUUUCGAUUGCUCGUGACUACAUCUUGAACUUCUUAUUGCAAUUCCGACAAUCAAUUUGUUUUUGGACACCCUAUAGGUCUCAUCACAAAGUGCUGAACGAGGCUGGAGCUUCUUGUAGCUUGAUCAAGCCGGGGGUAUGGCACAGCUACGGUAAGAAUUCUCUCUACAAUCUGGAUACAUUCCCUGAAGCUGCUGUUGAUAUUCGAAUUCGGGUCAAAGAUUCCAUAUUUAGGGCACUGCGAAUCUUCCCAUCUGGGCCUAAAGUUCCCAAUCCACCGAUCGUAAGACCUAAAAUACCAUCAAGAGACGGCGAAGAAUAUGAGGUAUUCUAUUACGUGUACAAACCCAACAAUCGAUUCCCGAAAACUGCGCCUCCCAAGCCUGACUUUGAAGUAUGUGUUGUCAAUGCCGAGACUAUGCCCAUUCCGACCAUAAGCGUGAUAAGUGAACUAUUAAGUAACACUCAUUCUGCAAAUGAUCCACCUCAACCUACCCCCACUUCUUCAGCCUCUAGAAGCUGGUCAUUUGCAUCAUUCUUUUUAUAUGGUCCUCUCUCACUGUUUCAAUUUACCAACUCUUCAAAAAACACUAACUCACGUAGACCAAAUAUAUUUGCUAAACUCAAAAAAGGGGAACAGAAUGUACUUUUAGCUGUCGUAGAUCAUGGAGUGACCACUUUCUUAAGAGUUGCUGAAACUGAUUUCGGUGGUACUCCCUUGGUGGGAGGUCUUAAUGCACAUCCUAGAUGA